AUGGCGGAAGCGGCCCAGAAAAAGAUGUUUGUCCCUCUCGGUAAAAGAUCCCCUCAUACCUUGAAAAUGACCAAGAAUACCCUGAGACAACAACCCCCACUAACUGCUGGUGUGUACGUACCAGAGAACAAUCCCGAGGUGAUGACCAACCUAGUCCACGAACUCGGCCUGUCCCAAUCCCUGCAAUUCCACGACGUGUAUUCCCUCACCGAGCCAUCCCUGCUGGAAUUCCUGCCGCGGCCGGCCAUCGCCCUGCUCCUCGUCUUCCCCGUCACGAGCACGUACGAGAAGUUCCGGGCUGAGGAGGAUUCGUCGCGCGAGGAGUACGCCGGUUCCGGCGACAAGGAGCCCGUGAUAUGGUUCAAGCAGACGAUCGGCAACGCGUGCGGCUUGAUCGGGUUACUCCACGCCAUCACCAACGGCGAGGCGAGGUCCAACAUCGAGCAGGGCAGUGAUCUGGAGAAACUGCUCCAAGAAGCCGUCCCGCUGAAGCCAGCCGCGCGGGCGGACCUGCUGUACAACAGCCCCACACUCGAAGCAGCGCACGCGACGGCCGCGGCCAAGGGCGACACGGAAGCCCCCGAGGCCGAAGCGAACGUCGACCUCCACUUUGUCGCGUUCGUCAAGGACAAGGAUGGAUACCUGUGGGAGAUGGAUGGGUCGCGAAAGGGGCCGUUGAAGAGAGGCUUCUUGGGUCCUGAUGACGAUGUGUUGAGUGACAAGGGCCAGGAGCUGGGCGUUAGAGCCUUCUUGAAGCGGGAGGAAGAGGCGAGCGGAGGGGAGUUGAGAUUCAGCGUCAUCAUGCUUGGGCCGAGUUUUGUAUGA